UCCAAACGGCAUGCGCGACUUCCGCGGCUCCUCCUCGCGCCGAACCCACCGGACUCCGCUGUGACGCCGCGCGUGUUUGUGGUGAUGUGGAGCCGCGCCUCCGCUUCCCGCCUGCAGACAGGCCGCCGCCGCCGCGCGUAACGCCGGCGCUCCAUGGAGGAGGCGCCGCGAUCCGAGCUUUAACACACCGACACCGAGAUGGAGCAGGACGGGAUUUCCUUACCGGUGCCCUGCGUGGGCGCCGCCGGCGGGGAGGCGUCCGGCGGGAUCCCCGCAGCCGGGACUUUCUGGCAGGACGCUCUGAUCCCGGCCGGCGAGCACAGCCCGACCGCCCGGGACUGCGCGGACGGCGGGGGGCUGCUGUCCACCGGCAAGGCGGGCAAAAGCAGGCCGGUGACGGUGGCGUACGUGGUGAACGGAGAGGCGAGCCAGCAGAGCAACGCGGAGAGCAUGGCGCUGCAGUGCCUGAAGGACGCCUGCGAGGCGGCGGGCAGCAAGCUGGACACCGUCAACUUCGGGAAGCUGGACUUCGGGGAGACCGCGGUGCUGGACCGCUUCUACAACGCAGACAUCGCUGUGGUGGAGAUGAGCGACGCCUUCCGACAGCCCUCCCUCUUCUACCACCUGGGCGUCAGAGAGAGCUUCAGCAUGGCCAACAACAUCAUCCUGUACUGUGACACUAACGCCGACUCCCUCCAGUCGCUGCAGGAGAUCAUUUGCCAGAAGAACACUACAUGCUCGGCUAACUACUCCUUCAUUCCCUACAUGGUCACGCCCCACAACAAGGUGUACUGCUGCGACAGCAGCCUGAUGAAGGGCCUGACCGAGCUGAUGCAGCCCAGCUUUGAGAUGCUGCUGGGGCCUAUCUGCAUGCCGCUGCUGGACCGCUUCAUCCAGCUGCUGCGGGUGUCCGAGGCCAACUCCCAUCAGUACUUUCGUGAGACGAUUCUGAACGAGAUCCGAAAAGCCCGGGAGCUGUACAGCGGCGUGGAGCUGGCAGCCGAGCUGAGCCGCAUCCAGCAGCGGCUGGACAACGUGGAGUGUCUUUCUGUGGACGUGGUCAUCAAUCUGCUGCUGACCUACAGGGACAUCCAGGACUACGAAUCCAUCGUGAAGCUGGUUGAGACUCUGGAAAAGCUUCCGACCUUCGACCCCAUGGCACAUCCCCAUGUGAAGUUUAACUACGCCUUCGCUCUGAACCGGAGGAACCUUCCAGGAGACAGGCAGAAAGCCCUGGACAUAAUGCUGCCCCUGGUGGACGGAGACGAGCAGGUCGCCUCAGACAUCUACUGUCUGGUGGGCCGGAUCUACAAGGACAUGUUCCUGGAGUCUCACUUCACGGACACUCAGAGCAGAGACAGCAGCAUGUUCUGGUUUAAGAAGGGCUUUGAGUCAGAACCAACACUACACUCUGGCAUCAACUAUGCCGUUCUCCUGCUGGCAGCCGGACACCAGUUCGACACAUCUUUUGAGCUUCGGAAAGUCGGGGUCAAGCUGAGCAGCCUGCUGGGGAAGAAAGGCAGUCUGGACAAGCUGCAGAGUUACUGGGAUGUUGGUUUCUUUUUGGGUGCCAGCAUCCUGGCCUGUGACAACACCAGGGUCAUCCACGCCUCAGAGAAACUCUUUAAACUUAAAGCCCCCGUCUGGUAUCUACGCUCGGUGGUAGAAACCAUCUUGAUCUACCAGCACUUCAAAAAGCCCAGCUCAGACCCACCAGCCCAGAACAAACAGGAGCUGGUGGACUUCUGGAUGGACUUUCUGGUGGAGGCAACCAAAAAAGAUGUCUCCUCCGUCCGAUUCCCUGUGUUGAUUCUGGAACCGACCAAAGUUUACCAGCCUUCAUACUUGUCCAUAAAUAAAGAUGUGGAGGACAACAUCGUCUCUAUCUGGCAUGUUGCUCCUGAUGACAAGAACAAGGGAAUCCACGAGUGGAACUUCAAUGCCACAUCAGUGCGGGGUGUCAGCAUCUCCAAGUUUGACGAGCGCAGCGCCUUCCUCUAUGUGCUCCACAAUGCAGAGGACUUCCAGAUCUAUUUCUGCACAGAGAUGCACUGUAAAAGGUUUUGUGAUCUGGUCAACAGUAUAACAGAAGAAGCCUGGAAGAGUCCAGAGGAGGGAGACUGUGAUCCCGACACCUUAGAGUAUGACUACGAGUAUGACGAACAUGGAGAGAGGGUGAUUCUGGGUAAAGGCACAUUUGGAGUUGUGUACGCCGGAAGAGACCUGAGCAACCAGGUCCGACUGGCCAUCAAAGAAAUCCCAGAGAGAGACAGCAGGUACUCCCAGCCGCUCCACGAGGAGAUUGCCCUCCACAAACACCUGAAGCACAAGAACAUCGUGCAGUACCUGGGCUCCAUCAGUGAGAACGGUUUCAUUAAGAUCUUCAUGGAGCAGGUUCCUGGAGGCAGUCUGUCCGCUCUCCUGAGGUCCAAGUGGGGUCCUCUGAAGAACAACGAGCCCACCAUCGGCUUCUACACCCGACAGAUACUGGAGGGCCUCAAAUACCUGCAUGACAACCAGAUAGCACAUCGAGACAUCAAGGGUGAUAACGUCCUCAUCAACACGUACAGCGGCGUCCUGAAGAUCUCAGACUUUGGCACCUCCAAGAGGUUGGCUGGAAUCAACCCCUGCACUGAAACCUUUACAGGGACAUUGCAGUACAUGGCUCCUGAAAUUAUAGACAAGGGCCCCCGAGGAUACGGCAAACCAGCAGACAUCUGGUCCCUGGGCUGCACCAUCAUAGAAAUGGCGACUGGGAGACCUCCGUUCUACGAGCUGGGAGAGCCACAAGCCGCGAUGUUCAAGGUGGGGAUGUUUAAGAUCCACCCAGAGAUUCCAGAGUCCAUGUCCCUGGAGGCCAAGGCCUUCAUCCUGCGCUGCUUUGAGCCCGAUCCGGACCGGAGGGCCACGGCUUUUGAUCUGCUCACCGAUGAGUUCCUCACAGUCACCAGCCGCAGGAAGAAGAGCAAGAACAGCCUCACAGCUCAGUCUGCCGGCUCUGAGUACCUCCGCAGCAUCUCCCUCCCCGUGCCGGUGGUGGUGGAGGACACCAGCAGCAGCAGCGAGUACGGCUCCGUCUCCCCUGACAACGACCUCAACAGCAACCCCUUCAUCUUCAAGCCCAGCGUCAAGUGCUACAGCGAGAAGGACGUCAAGGGACCUCGAUCGCUCUUUCUCAGCAUUCCGGUGGAGAACUUUGAGGACCACAGCGCUCCUCCGUCUCCGGAUGAGAAGGACUCCGGCUUCUUCAUGCUUCGGAAGGACAGCGAGAGGCGAGCCACGCUGCACCGCAUCAUGACGGAGGACCAGGACAAAGUGGUGGCCAACCUGAUGGAGGCGCUGGCGCAGGGCUGUGAGGAGCUGAAGCUGAGGCCUCAGCACGUCUCCACCCUGGUGUCCAGCCUGGCUGACUUUGUCCGCAUGGCCGACCGGAAGAUCAUCGCCAGCACCCUGUCUCUGCUGAAGCUGGAGCUGGACUUCGACAGCGCCGCCAUCAGUCAGCUGCAGGUGGCGCUCUUCAGCUUCCAGGAUGCUGUCAACAAAGUGCUGAGAAACCACAACAUCAAGCCUCACUGGAUGUUCGCUCUGGACAACAUCAUCCGCAAGGCGGUGCAGACGGCCAUCACCAUCCUGGUGCCAGAGCUGAGGCCUCACUUUAGCCUGGCGUCAGAGAGCGACCCCGCCGAUCAGGACGACCUCGAUGACGACGCAGAGCCAGGUAGAAGCUCCACCCACCAGAGCCGGGCGCCUGCCGUCGCCGCCCGCGAUGACACGGUGGCGACGUCCGGCGUCAGCACGCUCAGCUCCACCGUCUCCCACGAAUCCCACAAUGCACAGCGCUCUGUGAGCAUGGAGCUGGGCCGGAUGAAGCUGGAGACCAACAGGCUGUUGGAGGAGCUGCUGGAGAAGGAGAGGGAGUAUCAGGCCAUCCUGCAGCAAGUGCUGGAGGAGCGAGAGGAGGAGAUCAGACUACUGAGACUGAGAUCUGUGUCUGCAGAAACCACCGUGGACGUACAGCAGGAGCUCCGUAGUCAGCGCUCCGACAGACACGAGGACCCAGAGCUGAGCAGCUGGCUGAGGCUCUGUGGCCUGGAGCAGGACGCCAUAGACACGAUACUGAGCGAGGAAUUCACGCUGAACAACGUCCUCCAUGAUGUAACGAGAGACGAUCUGAAGAGCCUCAACCUGAGAGGUGGAGUCUUGUGCAAGCUCUGGAAGGCCAUCAGCGACCACAGACAGAAACCAGCCUGAUGCCUUAAAUGGAAAACCUGCAGAGAGAAGCCGACGUCCCAGCAUUCCCUUCUUACCUCAGUAUUUAUAGGAAGCAGAGUCUUUGUUUUCAGGACAAAAUGAAGUUUUCUGCAGCAGAUCGAUGACUCUGGAACACUUUGACAAACAAAGGAGGACAAAGAAGUGCCACUCGCUUAAUCUUAGUCUUUUGUUACAGGUGUGCCUAAAAUGACAUUUGAUAGAAACAGGAAAGAAUGAACUCCUAAAAAAGGUCUAAAAGUAGAUUUUUGUUUCUGUCUUUACCAAAUGUGAUGUUUACAGAAAAGACUGAUCAUUUUCUAAAGAAAAAAAAAGCCUGAGAUACAAAAGAACUACAGUUGACUUUGAUCUUUUUAUGACAGAUUAUUAUCACUACUUUAUUUAAAUGUUAUUAAUUUAAUUCUUGAAUUUUGUCUGCGCAUGUCCGCUGAAAACUGAAACUUAUUUAAAUGUCUUUUGGGUUUAUUUUUAUCAUAUUUUCUCUUACAAGUAAAAUCAAGAAGUUUAAUUUCUAAUAUUUUUUGUAAAUAUUGUGACAUAAGAAUCUAUGUGAAUAAAGUAUACAUCAUACAUAGACAUUUAGAGUAUAGACGACUAGUGGACCAAGUCUGUUUUUUUUAGUAUUGCAAAUAAUAGAAAAUGUUACCCUAAAUCAGGGAUGCUCAUUACGUCAAUGUGACUCGCAGGCCAUCGAAAAUAAACCAUAUAUAUAUAUAUAUGUGUGUGUGUGUGUGUGUGUAUAUAUAUAUAUAUA